CAGCUUUGCUCAGAUUUGAGAUGAAGCAUGAGGGAUGUGUUUUUCAUCCCGUCCAGCUGCAGUCAAUAAUUUAACGGGAUAAAUCGCGCUUAGCAUCGGUGCCUUUGCUUUAUCUGAUUUAUCGUUUCAGGAUUAUUCUUGGUUUAUAGCGUUGUAAGCGCGUACAUUUGGACAGUCUGCGAUGUCCGCAUCCGAGCGAGCUGCAGCACCUUGUUUAGGCGAUUAGGCAGAAAUUCUCUAGGGACCUUUCGUGUUUUUAUACCCAUCCGUUUGCAAAAAAAAAUAUAUAUAGGAACAUCGAAAUUAUAUUGGAAUUGGACGCUGUGCCAUUAGUGGUUCAGAUCACACCGCGUAAAUUGUGAUGCUUAUCAUCCGCAACGAAUGAUGAUGUGGACAGAUAGGAGGAAAAUAACAUAGGAAGGUGGCGGAAAAUGUCCAGUCCAGCGGGAACAAAGCACCUGCGAACCUGGUCCUGAAUGCAGUGGAGAGAGACACCUAACCGGGUGUCACCGCCAGCCCUGGAUGCUGCGCCGAAGAAUAGGAUACGCCGACCCGUCGUCGGGUAAAGAUAUACUCGGCAAUAGGUCUCUUUGUUUCAUAUUUAUUUGCGCAUUUGGACUCGUCACACUUUUGCAACAGAUUCUCUAUGGAAAAAAUUACAUUAAGAGUGCGCAACAGUUUAGCCGACUCAAAGGGGACGAGACAGGAAAUUGGACGGGUCCCGUCAAUUUCUCGGAUGACGGAUCCUUGAAGCCGGCCAGAAAUGGAAGGAAAAGAUGUUUCCGUCAGAAUUUUCAGCCAGAUUCACAGAUCUCCGUAAUAGUCACACCCUGCCUAGCCGAUAUUAAGAAGAAAAAAAAACGCGCUCAAAGGUAUCUGGAAAACUAUGAUGGCUCUUUUGACUACAACUCCACAACAUGCAGGGAGCUCAGGCAGGAGAUUAUGGACGUCAAAGUCCUGACAAUAAACAUGGUUAAUCGGAAAAAACAUGGACAAGGGUAUCGUUCCUCAUACCACAAGUCUCUCUGCCUGUCUGCCAGGGUGAAAACCUCAGACCUGUUUGAGAGAUGGCGAAACCUGCAGGUGUGUAAGUGGGAGCAGAACAAGGAGGAGAGCAGCAACUUCAAGAUGUCUCUGUCUCGAUGCUGCAAUGCUCCUUCCUUUCUGUUCACCACCAAGAGGAAUACGCCUGCAGGGACCAAGCUGAGGUACGAGGUGGACACCAGUGGUAUCCUUCCCAUCACCACCGAGGUCUUUAAGAUGUUCCCAGAUGACAUGCCGUACUCCAAACUGCAGUACAAGAAAUGUGCUGUCAUUGGAAACGGCGGCAUCAUCAAGAACAGCAAAUGUGGGAAGGAAAUUGACUCGGCAGAUUUCGUUUUCAGAUGCAACAUACCGCCUAUUAAUGAGAAGUACUCAGCAGACGUGGGAACUAAAACAGAUCUGGUGACAAUAAACCCAAGCAUCAUUACUGAGAGAUUCCAGAAGCUAGAGAAGUGGCGGCGGCCGUUUUACGAAGUCCUGCAGAACUACGAGAACUCCUCAGUGGUGCUACCCGCCUUCUACAACACCCGCAACACCGACGUAUCUUUCAGAGUCAAGUACAUGCUGGACGACUUCGACUCCCAGAGAGGCGUGUUCUUCUUCCACCCGCAGUACCUGCUGAACGUGCAGCGUUUCUGGGCGGUGCAGGGCGUCCGGGCCAAGCGGCUCAGCAGCGGCCUGAUGCUGGUGACGGCCGCCUUAGAGAUGUGCGAGGAGGUCCACCUCUACGGCUUCUGGGCGUUUCCCAUGAACCCCUCUGGCGUCUUCAUCACUCACCACUACUACGACAACAUCAAGCCACGGCCCGGCUUUCACGCAAUGCCCCAUGAAAUUUUCAACUUCAUCCACAUGCACUCGCGGGGUAUCCUUAACGUCCACACGGGGCAGUGCACGUGAUUCCUCAAUCCUCUGCUUUAAAGUGUGAGCUCCAAAUUUUCUUUUAAUUUUUUUUUUUUUAAGCACCAGUUUUAUUUCAGUUUGCCAUUUCUUCCCUAGUUACACGGAAAGUUAGCUUUAGUAGCACACAUUUGUUGCUGUUAUUAAUUCAACGACAUUGCUUUCCGACAUGUACCUUAAGUUCGUUACCAAUCAAAUUGCUAUGGUUAUGUCUGACCGUAGGAUGCUUGUUUUUAAUGUGAAAAGUGGUCUUCAUAGUGAUGUUGUUUCCGUGAAGUUUUCUAGUGGCUCUGCUGUACAGAGGUGUUGUUUUCUACUCAGUCGCACAGAUAUCUAGGCUGAAACGGGGCUGCAGUGGGUGUCUUUGUGCCCCCUCACUCCUCCUCUCUUCUUCUUCCUUUAUAUCUCAAACACUCUGUGGGUGUGGCAGCUUUUAAUAGUUGUGAAAAAACAAAGCCUGAACCUUGAAUAUUAAGCAAACACUUAAAAGACAACACGAAAAAAAAAAGGAUAAAAUUGUAACAACCAAUUAUCUACUUUUGUAAUCUACUGUAUUUCCUAUUCACUGGAUUUAUUGGGUGAGAAGAAAAAAAAAAUGAAAUGGCCAGUUUUCAACGGCCUACUUUCUCCCAUUUAAAAAUGAUCCUUUUUGGUGAAGAAUUUUCUUUUUCUGCUUGUCAUGAUUUUGGACAAAAGCCUGAUAAAUAUUUUACAAUGACCCAGUCUCAAACAAAACUUCCAAGCUCAUCCAAUUUGUACAGCAACACAGCACUGUUGAGCAACUCAGUCUCUCACUGUCAUUCAUGUCUUAAGCCAUAUUGCCUUAUGAGGUAUCAAACUCCUCUGUAUGAUAUGCAAUGCACCCAUGUGUUUUGCUUAUCUACAAGUACAUUAACAUCAAACUAACAAUCUUGGUUUGUCUCUUGAAUUAAAGGAUGUUUAACACUUGCUAAGGUAUAGAAAUUAAUGUGCAGUUCUCAGCUUGUAUUCUAUUGGACUUACUCCCUGUAAACUCCAUGCAUAACUAUGUAAUGCUCUGCAUGACUUUAAUCUAUACUUGGCUUUGUGUGUGCCUGCUUCAAUGAUCACUGAAAUAUGUUUACACGUAAGCCUCUACCGCGACCUCUAGAUCGCGGCGCUUUUGAAGAUGUACACACGAACCUUUUCACGGAAAGAUAAAUGUAUAAUGUGGCUCUCAUUGAUUAUGGAUGCAAGAAUGAAGAUGGUUGCUGCCCCCUGUGUGAGAUGCUACGACACAUUUGUUACUUCUGUUUUAUUUCACCUUCGACGUUGAGCUGUGAACGUUCAGUUUGCACUCGUGACAGCAUCGUGCAUUAAAUUUCACUGGAAAAGCUGUUGAUUUAGUUUUGUACAAUGCAAACUUUUUUAAGACACUGUAAAUGAAUUUAGCCACUGCUAUGUUUGCGCUCUGCCGCACACUUUCCCAAUAUUUUAUUUUGUACUUGAAGGAUGUGUUGCUAUGAAUCUGUUGUUUCUGUCAUCAUCUAUUAGUUCAGCAAAUGUGUACACCAAAAAUGUUUGACCUAACCACUAAAUUAGAAAGUAAAAGUUGUACAGUCACAGUUGACAGUGGAAAUGGAGGGGAACUGGUCCGUGUAGUGAACGAAGUAACACUGUAUAAAACACAGUGUUUCUUAACUGACUCUGGAUCAUUCUUUUUACUGGUACUGUGUUUGUAAAUAAACUUAUUUGGAUUUUC